CGCAUUCCGACUAUAUGCUUUUUUGCAAUGUUUUCUACAUUUUUAAGUGUUUCAGUUUGUUCUUCGAAUGAUAUUUGCAUAGCGAUCGUGCCCUUUAGUUAAAAUAUUUGCUUUGUGUCAAAAGAUGGAUUAAGUACCUAUCAAAAAAUAUGCAGACGAAACGACAUAAUUUUUACGAUUAUUAUUGGAUUUUAAUACGGCCGGCAGCCCGGGACGCAUUUUGAUAAUGUCAUCUAGGAGACAUGCGCAAACCCUAUGAAACCAAACACAACUUUCUACAGGACAUUUAUAAAUUGAGUUACCGUGGUUACGGUUUGAUUCCGGAAGUUUCUCUGCACAACACAAACAUGGCUGUGCAAAGCUGGAUCGACAACCUAAAAUCGGCGAAGAAAACCUCUUUGAUUCACGAUGGGAAAAGGAAGAUCCACUACCUCUUUGCAGAUGGAAAAGAAAUGGCAGAAGAGUAUGACUUAAGAACAGAUGAACUUGUUGUACGAAAGUGGCGUCUCAAAAGCACACUUGGAGCGCAGGGUCAAUGGCAGGUUGAAGUUGGGGAGCCGCUUGUUGGUCCUGUCACCUCUUUGGAUGCUGAGAUGCUAAAAGAGAACUGCUCCAAUCCUGUGUUUACGCGAAAAGAUACAAAGAGCAGUUUUCAGUGGAGAAUCCGGAACCUUCCCCACCCCAAAGAUGUCUAUAAUGUUUCAGCCCAGCCACCUGAAAGAUGUAUUGUCAUAAAAACUUCAAACAAAAAGUAUUACAAGAAAUUUGGUAUUCCUGAUCUGGAUCGCAGUCAACUUCCACUGGACAACUCCGCUUUAAGCUUCACUCAUGCAAACAACACUUUGAUAGUCACUUACAAGAAACCCAAAGAGAUUUUAAAUCUUGAGCAGGAGCUGAUGAAGGAGCUGAAGAAGCUAAAGGGGACGAGUGAAGGGGACACUGACUGCAAAACUCAGUGAAUUCUGAAGGACAGAGAAAAUGGCAAAAACUGGUCAAAUGUGAGCUCAAUGUUUAAA